AUGCCCGGGAAGAAUGGCGAGACAUUGUUGAAGGAAAAAGUAAACUAUGGCGAGGGAUACCCAUUGACAGGAAAGAAACCAUUAGAGGAUUUCUUGUUUACUUUGAAAGCGAACAUCCUGCCUGUCAUUGUAACCAAUCAUACAGUUACUAUUGCAGCGGAACUGGAGGACGGAGAACAUCUCGUUGGCCAGUGCGAAAUAUCACAUCCCAUGGUCUCACCAGAGCCGGCAAUCCCUCAACCUUCCGACGACGAUGCCCCUGCUCCUGAUGGAAUCGGCGAAUACGUUUCACCCAAGCAAAAUGUCAUGUUUGAAUCAAUUGGAAAAGACAAAUACGAGCCUCUGCCUUCACGUAUAAGCAGGCUCUACUACAUCAAUGGUUAUGGGAUGGAAAUACACCCUUCUCCAAAUCCAGAUUUCCUUGCAAACAUAGCAUCAAGAGAUAUAUUGGUGUACUCGUGUGGAUCUUUGUGGACUAGCAUUAUCCCUUGCUUGGCCAUGAAAGGUGUUGCUUUGAGCAUUGCAAAAUCCCCAUCGAUCCGCGCGAAAGUUCUUCUAUUAAAUGGAGAAAACGACCGGGAGACUGAAGGGUACACGGCUGCAGAUUAUAUACGGUCAGUUGUUGCCCUUCUUUUCGUAGCAAUUGUACAAACCUUGAAUAACAACAAUCACUCUACUCCAGUGUAUGGGCUAGGAGGUGCUAAUACCACAUACCCCACCUCGGCGUUCAUAACCGAUCUGGUUUAUCUCAAAGGGACAAAGGUUCCAGUGGAUGUCAAGCAAAUUACGCUCAUGGGUGUGAGAUGCAGAGAGUUUGAUGGGGGUUCGCGCUUCGACGCCGCGACCGUUGCACAUGCGAUGGGAGAAGUCUGGGCGGGAGCGAGCUAA